AUGCUCUUUUGCCUAUAUGAGAGUCUCUCUUCUCGUUUCAACACCGUCUCUCUCUCUCUCUCUUAACCUUCAUUCCCCAAUUCCUCAGAUUCUUCUUCUUUCUCCGUCGUCGCUGAGAGAAUAAAGGAGGACAAAGUUCUUCCCUUUUGCUCCAAAGGAUCUCUAUGAUGAUGAUGAUGAUGAUGCUUUAAUGUUUGUAGGAUCUGGUCAAGAUAUGAGUCGUAGGGUGCGUCAGAGAGUGGAUGAUAACGGAGUUGAUUCACCACAACGUUAUCUUGUGAUUAGUGAUGAUGAUAAUGAUUUAGCACCAAAGGCUCAGGACUCUGUGGAUUGGACUAGUUUGUCUUACGACACUGUGCUUCUUCUCUUUACUCGGUUGAACUACCGAGACCGAGCUAGCUUAGCAUCCACCUGCAGGACAUGGAGAAGCCUCGGUGCUUCCUCUUGUCUCUGGACCUCGUUAGAUCUCCGUCCACACAAGUUUGAUCUUUCGAUGGCAGCUUCUCUUGCGGAUAGGUGUGCUAACCUUCAGAAGGUUCGGUUCCGUGGACUUGACUCUGCUGACGCAAUGGUUAACCUCAGGGCGAGGAACCUGGUUGAGAUAAGCGGCGACUAUUGUAGGAAGAUUACAGAUGCUACAUUGUCUAUGAUCGCUGCGAGACACGAAGCUCUCGAGAGCCUUCAGCUUGGACCAGACUUCUGCGAGAGGAUCACUAGCGACGCUAUCAAAGUGAUUGCCUUCUGCUGUCCGAAGCUUAGGAAGCUCAGGCUUUCAGGGAUGAGAGAUGUUAACUCCGAGGCGAUUGAGUCUCUGGCCAAGCACUGUCCGCAGCUCUGUGAUGUUGGAUUCUUGGAUUGUCUGAACAUCAACGAAGAAGCGCUGGGGAAAGUGGUGUCUCUUCGGUACCUCUCCGUUGCAGGGACGAUGAACUUGAACUGGAGAGUUGCUGCAGAGAACUGGGAGAAGCUUCCGAGGUUAACAGCUUUGGAUGCUUCCAGAACCAGCAUUGACAAUGUAGCGGUUUCGAGGCUGAUGAAGUCGUCUCAGAGCUUGAGAGUUGUGUGCGCUUUGAACUGCCCUUUGCUAGAACAUGAUGUGAAUGUCAAAGGGAAGCUCCUGCUUGCUAUGUUUAACAAUGCUUUUAAAUUUGACGAUAACUCAAAGAAGACGCCAAAGGAUGUAUUCGCUCACUGGAGAGAGAUGAUAAGCAAGGAGGAUAAAAGCAUUGACGAAACAAUGCGUUGGAUUGAGUGGAUCAUCUCUCAUUCGCUUUUAAGAAUGGCAGAGAGCAACUCUCAAGCACUGAACAGUUUCUGGCUCAACCAGGGAGCUAAGCUGCUUCUCAGGUUAAUGCAAAGCUCGCAAGAGGAUGUACAAGAGAGAGCGGCGACAGGGCUUGCGACUUUCAUCGUUGUCGACGAUGAGAACGCUAGCAUAGACUGUGGAAGAGCAGAAGCAGUUAUGAGAGACGGAGGUAUCAGGCUUCUUCUGAAACUCGCUAACUCUUGGCGUGAAGGUCUUCAGUCAGAAGCUGCAAAGGCUAUUGCGAACUUGUCUGUGAACGCUAACGUUGCAAAGGCUGUUGCUGAAGAAGGAGGGAUCAAUGUUCUUGCUGGUUUAGCGAAGUCUAUGAAUAGACUUGUGGCUGAAGAAGCUGCUGGUGGACUAUGGAAUCUCUCUGUUGGAGAAGAGCAUAAGAAUGAAAUUGCUCAAGCUGGAGGAGUGAAUGCUUUAGUGAAGCUUAUAUUUAGAUGGCCAAAUGGCUGUGAUGGAGUUCUGGAGCGUGCUGCUGGGGCGUUAGCUAAUUUAGCAGCAGACGAUAAAUGUAGCACUGAAGUUGCAAGAGCAGGAGGUGUGCAUGCCUUGGUGAUGCUAGCUCGAAACUGCAAGUAUGAAGGAGCACAAGAACAGGCGGCUCGUGCUUUGGCUAACUUGGCUGCUCAUGGUGAUAGCAACAAUAACAAUGCUGCUGUAGGACAAGAGGCUGGUGCCUUAGAAGCACUUGUUCAGCUGACGAAAUCGCCUCAUGAAGGUGUUCAACAGGAAGCUGCUGGUGCUCUUUGGAAUUUGUCGUUUGAUGACAAGAAUCGAGAAUCCAUUGCUGCUUUUGGUGGUGUUGAAGCGUUGGUGGCGCUUGCCAAGGAAUGUUCAGAUGCAUCCACAGGUCUGCAAGAGAGAGCAGCUGGUGCCCUCUGGGGUCUAUCAGUCUCAGAAGCAAACAGCAUUGCAAUUGGACAAGAAGGUGGUAUACCGCCUCUAAUUGCUCUUGCAGGAUCUGAAGCUGAGGACGUACAUGAAACCGCUGCAGGAGCUCUGUGGAAUCUUGCUUUCAAUCCUGGUAAUGCUCUCCGCAUUGUUGCUGAAGGAGGAGUUGUAGCACUUGUUCAACUCUGUUCGUCUUCUGUUUCCAAAAUGGCUCGUUUUAUGGCUGCAUUAGCAUUAGCAUACAUGUUUGAUGGAAGGAUGGAUGAAUAUGCGAUGAUAGGGAGUUCAUCGGCGGAAAGUACAUCUAAGAGUGUUAGCUUGCCUGGUGCUAGAAUAAAGGCUCUUAAACACAUUGAGAGUUUCAUUACAACCUUCAUGGAACCUCAAGUCUUUGCAGCAGCUGCUUUAUCAUCUGCUCCUUCUAUGUUAGCACAAGUCUCAGAGAAAAUUAGAAUCCCUGAAGUUGGCCACUUGAGAUGCAGCGGUUCCGAGAUUGGAAGAUUCGUUACGAUGCUGCGCAACCCUUCUCCUAUACUCAAAGCAUGUGCAGCUUUUGCGCUUGUCCAGUUUACAAUACCGGGAGGUAGACACGCAAUGCAUCACGCAAGCUUGAUGCAGAACGCUGGAGAAGCGAGGAUCUUGCGUUCUGCUGCUGCAGCUGCGAACAUGCCUCGUGAGGCUAAGAUAUUUGCGAAGAUUGUGCUUAGGAAUCUGGAGCAUCACCAGGCAGAAUGUUCAAAAGGAAAGAAAAGUAUCAUCUUAUAAUAGGAUUUGAGAGAGCCUUUUGUUUUAUUAGCAUAUUUGUUUUAGUGAAUAGAAUGUGUCUCUCCAAACCAUAUACAUGUCAAGACAAAGGCUCAUGCUCUGCAAAACACACAAAACCAUCAAGACUUUUGGGUCUGAGAAGAUGUGUUUGGACAAGAAAGGUGUUGUGAUACUAUAUAGUCUGUGGACUUAUUGUGUUUAUUUGUCUCCUCCUGAGAUAUUUUUCCUGUAAUAAAAGACCUUAGCGGAUUAUUAUGAUUGGUGUUCUUUGUCCCA